CUUUCCAACAGAAUAAUAAGUACUCUAUACAACCUGUCAAAAUCACAAAUACGUAGGUCUGUAACCUCAGUCCGGAAGCAACUGGCUAAAAACUUUGCCCCUUUGUACAUCGGGUUUUCACACAUUAGCAGGAGUGAUGUAAUUGAAAAGCACACACGACCAUUAGCAGUUUCUUUAUUAGGUCAAAAUGAAUGUAGCCCGCCGGCGAUCCUUGUUUUAGACGGAACGUACGUGUAUAUACACAAAAGUUCUAAUUUCAAAUUCCAGCGCAAAACAUACAGUGUACACAAGAAAAGACCACUUGUCAAACCAAUGAUGGUAGUAACAACAUCUGGAUACAUAGUAUCAGUACUUGGUCCAUAUUUGGCGAAUGGUAAAAAUAAUGAUGCGAACAUUUUGAACAGUAUGUUAGAGCAAAAUGUUUAAGAAAUGAAAACAUGGGUUAGGCGUGGCGAUGUUUUCGUCGUUGACAGAGGUUUUAGAGAUUCUUUAGGAGUGCUUAAAGACAGCGGAAUUGAAGCUAAAAUGCCUUCUUUUUUAGAGAAAGGAAAAACACAACACACAACAGAAGACGCUAACGAAAGUAGACUUGUGACAAAAAUACGUUGGGUUGUAGAAUCUGCCAAUGCUAGAAUCAAACAAUGGCAGAUUCUAAAUAAUGUACUACCAACAAGUAAAUUACCGUAUUUAACGGAUUAUGUCCGCAUCAUAUGCGCAAUCUGUAACAAGUUUAAGCCUCCACUUUCUCAAACAAAGGAUCGCCUCGCAGAUAUCGAACUUGGCACUAAAAUGUUCGAACUUGCUAAAAGGAAAAACGAAUUACAAAACACAGUAGAAGAAAAACUUCAAAGCCGGACGAAACAAAAGUGGCGAGAAGUAACAGAAUCAGCAGUUAUUGACUUUCCUAAAUUGUCAGAAGAACAAGUGCGCGAAAUUACAUUAGGGGUGUAUACUGUAAAAUUGGCUAAAUCGUACACAGCUGAACAUAUGAGUGACGACACGUAUGCAUUAUCUGUAUGUAGCGAUGUUCCUGGUAUUUUGCAAGCUAGACUACAAAGCAGGCAUACAUCAGCUGUUAAGUAUAAAUGUUGGAUAGGGUAUGACAGUAAAAAUAUCACAUCUUGGUAUUGCAAGUGUAAGGCCGGUGCACGUGUUGUCGGGUCAUGUGCCCAUGUAGCGAGUGUGGUAUGGUACCUGGGAACCGGUCGUUACCGUUCAAACAAAUGGCCGACUGGCUGGGAUAACUUCGUGUCUGAUGCUAGUAAGCAAGAGGAAUAAUGUUUUAAUCCAAAAUGUGUUGAUGUUUAUCAAAUUGGUGGGUGACAUGUACGUCGCUAACCGAUAUGAUAGUUAAAAAUACCAGUCAUUUGUCAUAUCUAUGAUGACAGUCGAUGACUAAUUAAGACAUGCUGUAUGAACACUAGUUCGGCGAAACUCUGUUAUAUUUUUAUCGUUUUACAAAGUCGAAUGAUAUGCAUGUUAGCUUUUCUAUGAAAAUGAUUUUAUACUACUGUCUUUUCAUUCAUUCAUUCAUUCCGAUUCAUUCAUUCAUCCAUUCAUUCACUCAAAUGCGUUUGUUUAAAGAAUGAUUAUUGAUCCGAUGCGGCUAAGUCAGCUUAAAGGCUUACAGACCGCUCAAUGAACUCGUAAAUCAAGGGACGAAAUAUUUCCCUAUUGAUUUAUUUUGAGACAUUUCUAUAAAUCUAACUUCAGAAAAUGUUAAUAGAAUACUUAGAAUUGUUAUUUUUGCAUUCCACAAUAGAGACUUACAGUUUAUAGGAAUAGAUACCUUAGAACUGUAUUUGAACAUUAGCAAUGGACACAUGUAUAUUAAUCAGUGUUUUAUAUAUACAUGUACGUAUGUGUUAACUGUUCAUUAUCAUCAAACUUAUAUUUAAUUCAUCAUUUUGUAUCAAUCGCUUCAGAUAUAUAAAAUGCAUAAACUUAUCACUAAGCCUUUCUAUCUGCGUCAGUCAUUAUUUCUCCAUAACAGAGAGUAUGCAACAAACGAUAAUACAAAAUGUUAGUUAGUUGUCAGUUACUUACGUAUAACAGAUUAAAAAUUAUAGGGAGAGCGGCAGCGGUGAAUUGUAUUACAAGUAUGAAAACACAUAUUGAAACGCGGUUCCGGUUUUUAUUUAUUUAUUUUAACCACAUAUGAAAUAUAAAUAUACACUCAUAGACAUUUAUAAUCAAUCAUCUAUGAUUUUCAUUAUUUCAUGAAGACUACUAAAAAUAAAAUAAUAAAGUACACCACGCAUGGUUAAUUUGAGCCAUUUCAACGGGAAAUUACCCUCACGAAUAAAUGGUAUAAUGUUAUGGGAACAAAGGUGAUCGAGAAAAUAUCAAUUGAGUAAUUUAAAUAUUAUCAGUUUCAGUUUCAGAUUUAUUGGCAUAUCGGCAUAUACAAUAUACCUUUGGCCAUUUACAGAAAUAAAAAGGAUGGCCAAGAUAUCACAAAAUAUACAGUAAAAAACAACUAUAGAUUUCUAGGUUCUAAAUAUAUAUAUUAUUCAUUAAUUAUCAAAGUUAUCGCUAUAACGACAGUGACCGAUUAUAAAAGUCCAUGAGUGUAGAUUAUUGUUUUAUUUAUCGCGGUCAGCAUCUUGAUAAAGUCAGCACGAUAUAUGAGGUUAAUGCGGAUCUGUUUCUUUUGUCGUUUUAUACUUAUUCGCUACAUUUAAAUAACAGUAACAGUAUAAAUAGUCGACGACUGCUUAAUGUCCGUAGCACCGAAUUAAACUUAGCGGAUACUGAGAAAAUGAUAAGCGGGAAAUGAAGAAUUCCGCGCGACGUCAAAAUGAAUUGAGCAGACGACGUUCUCCACCGAACAGUCGGGCCGGUAAAUAUCCUGUAGAAAGGUGAGUUUUUGAUGUAUCUGAAUAUUUUUUUCAGUUUUUUGUUGUUAAAAGUUUGCAAUCUUUGCAUGACAGAUAUUAGCAUUUUUGUGAUGGGCCAUUUUUCAAUGUAAAGCGUACCGAGCCCUUUAUGAUUCAUCUUUUUAUCACCUUGGAGUGAGAUUGAAUAACAGCUGAGGACUUUUCUUUCAGAUAGAGAAGGAUUUUCAGACUCCAAUUAUAAUCUGUAUUAUUUACGGGAAACCUUACAUGCCCUGAAUGAAAC